GGCGCGGUCGCUGCCUGCAGGUACUAAAGGCUGCCGCCGACAUCACCUGCUUCCAGCGCUGAGCGAGACUCGUUCAGGCGAAUGGAGCGCGUCCGGGUGUGGGGAUUCUUCGGCCUCGUCGUUGUCACCGCCGCUCAGAGCACCGCGCACAGCUCCGACCCUCCGCCCUCCUACCUGCUGCUGGCUCCCAGAUCCCUCCGUCCCGGGGUCCCACCAUCGGCGUCGGUCACCGUCCUCACCGACUCGCCGGUCGUCGUAUCCGCUCACAUCGUCCACGGUAACCAGACGGUGGCCUCAAAAUCAGUUAGGGUCGAAGGAGGUUCGACGGAGCUGCUGACUUUGCCACCUAUCCAUGAGAGCGAGUCCAGCUACUGGCAGCCCUACAGCCUGGAGGUCAGAGGUCACGUGGGUAGCAUCCAGGUUUUCUCCGACUCAACGGACCUGCCCUUUGACCCCAAAGGCUUCUCCACCUUCAUUCAAACAGACAAACUCAACUACCUGCCCGGGCAGGAGGUGAAGAUCAGAGCAGCGUCCAUUCACCCUGACGGGAAGCCCUGCGUCAGCCCGGUGGAUAUCAUCGUCACCGACCCGAGGGGAAACCUGCUCAGGCAGUGGUUGUCUGUAGGCAGCGUCCUUGGGGUCGUGUCCAGAGAGUUUCGGCUGUCUGAAAACCCUCCUCUGGGUGAAUGGACCAUCGUCACUACAGUCAGUGGCAUUUCGAGUGGGAAGCAUUUCCAAGUGGCUCAUUACGUGCUGCCGUGGUUUAAGGUUGCGAUAGAUGCCCCAGAUGUCAUUUAUCAUAAGGACGCUCUGCGGGGCUCCGUCACAGCAAAGUACUUGUACGGGAAACCUGUUCGGGGACACAUGAACUUAACAUUCCUUCAUCACUUUCAUGGCAUUGCAGAGGCUUACGAUGAAGACGGAGAGAUUGACGGCACCGAAGACUUCGCGUUUGACGUUCCUGACUACCAUCCAAUGAACAAAAGGGCUCUGGAAAUGGUCUUCUACGACGAAUACAUGAAUGAUGAAUUCAUAACCAUUGUGGUUAAUGUGACCGAACGCCUGACAGGUCUCACAUAUAACAGUGUGGCAAAAGUCUCUUUGGCGAAACACAGAUAUAAACUUUGCUUUGAUGGCUAUCCCAGAAUAUUGAGGCCGUCGUUAAACUUCGUUGCCAGGCUGAAAAUAUCUACAUACAACGAUCAAGCGCUGUCAUUGGAGGAUCAGCAAAAGAUCGUUCAAGUGUCAGUGAUGCAACGAAAGCAAAGUCCGUGGAUUUGGGAAAUGGACAAGGUGGAAGAAAUGAGGCCUCGUACAUCAAACACGUCAGGUCCUUCAGGAAGGCCUCCCCGUCCAGAGGAGACGCCGCCUGAAGAAAUGGAGUUUCCUGUCCCCGCGGAUGGAGUCAUAUCCCUCUAUAUCCAGGUCAUGAAUGAAACUGAAACACUCACUAUUGAUGCUUCUUUUGAGGACAGCCAAAGCACUCUUCAGCUCUAUAGAAGCUACACAUCACCCAGCCACUCCUACCUUCAGAUUCAGAAACCCACCAGACCUCCAGAGGUUGGUUCACCCCUCCUGCUGAACAUUGAGAGGAAUUUUCCAAUAACUGAGAUUCACUACAUGGUGAAGUCCAGAGGUCAGGUGGUUGCUGCUGGGAAAAGUUCUGGCGAUCUAACUCUGGUUCCAGAGAUCUCCUGGGCUCCUCUGGCCUGCAUCGUCGUCUACUGUGUGCAUCCUACUGGAGAGAUCGUCAACGACGUGCUCCAGCUGCCCAUCACACAAACUUUACAGAACCAGGUGUCCCUGAGCUGGAGCAGCGCUACGAGGAAGCCAGGUGACGAGGUCACGCUGAGGGUCGCAGCGACAGAGCCUGGCUCUCUGGUCGGGAUCCUGGUGGUCGACAAGGCGGCGCAGCGGACAGGAUCACACAACGACAUCACCAAGGAGAGGGUGCUGGAGGAGUUGAAGGAGUACAGCAUUUCCAUGGCUGACGCCGCCUCUGACAUGUUGACAAUUGGAGAUCCCUACUCCGUCUUCAAGACAUGUGAUCUUGUGGUGUUGACUGAUGCCAGUUCACACAUGAUGGAACAUCCGCCGAGGCCUGUAUUUCCAGGGGAGGAAAUAUAUCCCCUGUCCCAGACAGACGGUCCACAUAUACAUCAACAACAGGAGCCACGAGAGCGCCGGAACUUUCCAGAGACCUGGAUAUGGGCGGAUACUAACACAGGUGAUUCAGACACAGCAGAGGUAACGCUGACUGUACCAGACAGCAUCACAACCUGGACAGCCACCGCCUUUGUCAUGUCUGAGAACCUGGGUCUGGGCAUCGUGGAGAGGCCUGCAGAGCUCACAGUGUUCCAGGAUUUCUUCCUGUCCUUGAACCUGCCGGCCCACGUCGUCCGAGGAGAGGAGCUGCUGCUGGAGAUCAUUCUGUUCAACUACCUCCCGCAGGACCUGGCGGUCACGGUGAUCGUAGCGGAGAGUGACACCUUCGAGUUCGUCUUCCCGGACAAUGAGGAGCUCUCCACGCCCAGUGUUCGUCAGGUGUCUGUGGGGAGCGACAGCGGGACGGCCGUCCUCAUUCCCAUCAAGCCCCUGGUCCUCGGAGAGAUCCCCAUCUCCGUGAAAGCCAUGUCGUCUGCGGCGUCCGACUUCGUCCGGAGGACGGUGCUCGUCAAGGCCGAAGGACUCGAGCAGUCGUUCUCCGCCUCGCUGCUGUUUGAGGUUUCUCCAUCGCAGCCCAGUCUUUCCAGACGCGUCGCGUUCACCUUCCCGGCAGAUGUCGUUGAGGGCAGCGAGAGAGCUUCAGUGACAGUCGUUGGUGACAUCCUCGGCCCAUCCAUCAGCGGCCUGGACUCUCUGAUCCAGCUGCCCAGUGGCUGCGGUGAACAGAACAUGGUCAACUUUGCUCCAAACAUCUACGUCCUCCAGUAUCUGAGCGCCACGGGUCAGGCUAACCAGGACGCCACAGACAGAGCCAAAGGCUACAUGAUGAAAGGUUACGAGCGAGAGCUGUCCUAUCAGAGAGCGGACGGCUCCUUCAGCGCGUUCGGAGACCAGGACUCAUCUGGAAGCACCUGGCUGACUGCUUUUGUGCUGAGAUGUUUCCUGCAGGCGCGGCCCUUCAUCAGCAUCGACGUCCACCUGCUGCACAAAAUGGCGGCCUGGUUAGGAUCCCAGCAGGGGGCUGACGGGAGGUUCGAGGAGCCCGGCCGGGUCAUCCACACUCAGCUCCAAGGAGGCCUGGAUGGGCCCGUCUCCCUCACAGCCUACGUCCUCAUCGCCCUGCUGGAGGACAGUGACAUCAGGGCUCAGUAUGGGAGCCAGGUGUCUGCCGCCCUGGUCUUCCUGGAGACCCGUCUGGCUCUGGGAGUGCCCAGCAACUACAGCCUCAACCUGCUCGUCUACGCUCUGGCUCUGUCCGGCGGCUCCGGCGCCAGCGCGGCACUCAGCGAACUGACUGGACGGGCAGAGAUGAGAGACGGCGUGCCCGUGUGGGCCUCCCCGGACGCCGGCCUGUCAUCGUCGUGGCAGCCUCGCUCUGCAGACAUCGAGAUGGCGUCCUACCUGCUGCUCUCUCAGCAUAAACUCGGCCGCGCCGCCGAGGGUCUCGGCCUCGGGAGGUGGCUCAGUCAGCAGCGUAACCACAGGGGAGGAUUCGGAAGCACCCAGGACACAGUCCUGGCCCUGCAGGCUUUGUCCACCUUCGCGGCUCUCGGCCGUUCUCACGACUUCGACCUCACCGUCGGGGUGAACGCCGACGCGUCGACCGCCGUCGCCUCCUUCCACGUCCACCAGAGCAACUUCCUGCUCCAGCAGAGUCAGCAGAUCGAGCCAGAGGGGGAGCUGCACCUCCAGGUGACUGCAGAGGGUCGUGGACUCGCUCUGUUUCAGCUGAACGUGUUUUACAACGUCAGGAGUGAGGAGCUGCUGGGGAGGAGACGAGAGGCCGGCGAACACGGCGCGUUUCAUCUGUACCUCCAGCUGUUUGACACAGAAUUAAACUCAGCACAUCUGUACAUCUGCAGCAGCCUGUCAGGGGGUCUGGGUCUGAGUGCGACCGGCAUGGCCGUCCUGGAGGUGGGUCUGCUGAGCGGCCUCGGCCUGCCACCGGACGGCAUCCAGACUGACGGCGUCGUCAGGAGAGUGGAGGCGCGGCCGGGGAAAAUCAUCCUGUACCUGGACUCUGUGACGACAGAUGAGCUGUGUCUGCUGAUUCCUCUGGUCAUGGAGUAUAAAGUCGCCAAAGUCCAGGAGGCAGCUGUUCUCAUCUAUGAUUAUUAUGAACCAAGACGGAGGACGGCGAGGACGUAUAAGUCAGAGUGGAGGAGUGAUAUGUCCACCUGCUCCUUCUGUGGUGACGGCUGCAGUGAGUGCAGAGCGGACGACUAUCGUCAGCCCAGCGCUGCGUCGCACGGCGGCCCAAACCUCCCGCUGACCGGUUUGCCACCUGCUCUGCUCCUUCUCUUCAUCAUCUUCGGCGUCUUAUUUGUCGGCCAGCUGAUCUGAUGGGACAAGAAAAGGAGCGGCAGGGCCGUUUGGCAUGAUUUAUAAUACCGUAGGGAAAAUAUCUGUAGAAGCAGGAAUGGCAGUGCCAACAGCAGCUGUGUCAUGAAAU